CUAACUGUAAGAUAAUACGAUUAGGAACGAAAGAGAAAGGAUAUUCUGACAACUGGAAUGAUUUUUGUUGUUGAACAUUGAUUUGUCCACUUCGUUCGUUUUGGUUGUGUCCCCGCAAAUGCGAACAGUUAGGGAAAGAAAAGCUGGUGCUUGUUACAGGUCUAUAAAGGCUAUCUAAUGAUAGCUUAUAAGAAGGUAAGUGCAUUUUAAUCUUUUGCCGCUAAAGCAAUAACGUUUCUCGUCUUAAUAACCUCUUCUAUCGCUCUUGAAUUAUUGUGGUGUGAAUCAAUAUUGUACGGUUUGAUCAAUUCAUCUCGUGCAGCACAGACGUAAAGUUGACCCGGUCAAGCAGAUCUUGGCUAGACUCGACGAGAAGCAAAGCAAGGUAAAAGGAAACCUAUCAUCAAGCGUUUUAGAUAUUGUUUAUGUUCUUUGAUCGUAAUCCUCGCUGUUUUGUGUUCUGUUGUGGCAGCACUUUGAAUUUUUAAUACCCGGUUCUAGUUCAGCGCUCAUGAAUAAUUUGUUUAUUCAAAUAAAAAUCAGCCUAGCGUGCUUUAUUAAUCCUCUUACCAAAUUUUGAAAGCGUAUUGAAAGUUUUGCUGCUAAAUUACUCGUACUUAAGUGUGUAGUUUUAUUGAAUGAAAUUGAAGAUAUGAAAUAUAAUAAUUACAUUUGGUAAAAGAUUGUGUAUCCAUGGGGACAUGAUGGAAAGCUAUUUACAUUAGUUUAAUUAACAUAUCUGGUCAUGCAUUGAAAAAAGAGAUGAUACGAACCUUUAUAGAUACUAAAUUCCCCUUAAGAUAAAUUUAUAUUAUUAAUACUAUCAGGACAACUCACUUAACAAAGAACAAUUUUCCAUAAUAUUGUUGUUUACACUAGCACACUUGAUAUUAUAGACCAUAGCAAUGAGAUUAAGAUGUUUAUUUAAAACUCCUUGUCGAUUAUAAUGUAAAUGUUGUAGUUAAUAUUUUUUCUCAGGUAACUUAUAUUUUUCCCUUGGUUCAACUUCAUUAGCAUCAUUACCAUAGCCAGAAACAAAAGAAAAAUAAAAAUUACCUGAGACAAAAAAUUAACUACAUCAUAGAAACACAUUCAUUAGUUUCAGUUCUAUAAAUGCUUACAUUUUUGUAUUUUAGUUUUUAGUUUUCUCAGAUAUCAUUGUGAUGUUUUGCAUUUUAAAUGCUUAUUGUGGUUUGUUGUUUUAUGUUGCAGUCAGGUUUGUCAUUGUAUUCAAGAACUGAUCUCCACGAGCCAGCAAAGGAUGGCACCUUGCCUGUAGUCCAACCAGUUAGCGGUAAGCAAUAGUACCAGUACUUUUAAGGUCAAGAGUGAAUGAUAGUAUUGGUAAUGAGACAUUUUUCCUUGUUUCUAACCUUUCGCCAGGUUUUUUUCAUUAUUAUUAAAGAUUUUUUAAAACGGUUGGAAAAAAAUGAAUAAAAUAAAAAAAAAUGAAACAUAACAUAUAAUAACAGAAAGCCGAGGAAACGGAGCAUUAAUGCUAGUAAUAUCACUACAUCAUUACUACGUUAAGCAAAAUCACAAUGCACAACACACCUACAUCGCUGCUGUCAUCAUUAUCCGAGCAAAAAUGGCCAAAUAAAAUAUCUUAAAUAUCGAAGUUGGUAGAAACUAAGUCUUGCGACUUAACAAUGAUGUUAAUGUCAAUUUUAAUGGUGGUAAUGGGACAUGUUCAGAACAAACUGUAAGAAGUCUUGAGCUCAAAGAAAAAGCCUAUUCACCAGAUUUAACCUUUUAAGUCCCAAGAUCCACAUACAAAUUCUCCAGACUGAUCUCCAUACAUUUCCUCCAAGAAUUAGUUGAGAGAAUUUGGUAAAAGAUCAAAGCAUUUUCUCUUUUUUGACCAUUUUCUUAGUUCUCAUAACCUUUUCUUUUACUUGUGAGGUGAUCAUUGUUGGGAGAAAAAUUACGUUGAUCACUCUUGGGACUGAAAGAGUUAAAAUUCAAACUUCUUUAUUGAUAAACUUGUUGGUUUUACAUACAGGGACAACCACGGGUUCUGCUAAAGGCUCCAAAAUUUUCCCAGACCUUUCAGCAGCCAGGCAGAAGGCUCAGAGGAGGUGAGUUACUAUGUACUUUUUGACUGAGUGGGAGGGCAGGACGGAAAAAUACUUGGCUUGACAGGUCCAAUCUUUGAAUCAGAAAACACUAUUGAAACGUUGUUUGUGGCAAAUUACUUUAUUCCCCAUACUAUGGUGCCCUCAGCUCUCCGCAGAUUUUAGGUUUAAAAAAAAGGUCAAGGGUUUGCUUAUAAUGGGAAGUGCACUUGGCGUAUCCAACUAGUUUUUAGGCUGUCCACUCAUGUAAAUAAUACUGGGUUAAGCCACUUUAAACUUGGGAGGACCAAAACAAAUCUAGCGAGUGGUCAGAGUGGGACUUCAACCCGGGACUGCCUGAUUGCAAGUCCAAGGCAAUGACCACUCGGCCACGCUGCCUCCUUAUCUCUCUAGUAGAUAAGCAUUGGCUCUUUGUAUACUUCUCUCUCUAUAAAGGCUGGAUUAGAUGCCAUUUGCUUAUAAAGGUGUUCUUUUGGUGAGGCAAUGUCAUGGUGGUAUGUUGUAACUGAACAAAAGGUAGAGUUUUUCCAGGCUUAGUUGUUUUGUACUAAAGCAGCAUGCAAAGAAAGUAGUGUGCUAUAGAGCUAUUAAAUUGUAUUCUUUACUUGCCUGAUGGGCAAGUGAAUUUUUUUGAGGAAUUCAAAUUACGGAAGAACUAUGAAAUCAAUCUGCUCAUCAAUUAACAAUUAUUAGUUCAUGCGUCAGCGUCGUGCGUAUGUCGAGAUAUUGAGCAUGCGGGAAGUUUGGAGAGCACGAAAGAGGCGUAAGAGUUGCACGAGGCGCAGCCUGAACUAAUUAUUGUUGUAUAACAUUAUCAAAGCGAUCAAUGCAGCAGUUAAUUUAAAAUUUUAUUAUUGUAGGGCGUGCUCAAAGCAGUACUCGUCAAUGUUUACAUGAUUAUGUUUUUUUUGCUCACAGUUCAGCUUAUGUUUUUAUCCUGAAACUGAGAGAAAGUCUACUCUAAAAUGAUUGUAAAAUCCAUAUUUAGGUGCCAGAAAACUAUUAAUUCACCGAAAACAACUUUGCAAAGAAUGAGCUCACGCCAUAGUCCGCACAGCUCGCGGAGAUGACAACAACAACAACAACACUCACCUCUUUUCCUUACUAUCGGUUAGCAAAUUGAAACGUUUCCUCUUAAAUUUCCUUAUAAAACACAUGGUAAAUGCUUCAUCGUGUACUGCUGAGUUAUGGAUGCACUCAGGAGACUCAGGAUUGCUAAGCUCACAUUUUUAAACAACUCAAGGAAUUACGAAUAGUUUAUUGACGUCAUCAGCGUGCUCAAUAGGAAUAUGAAGUACGCUCGCGUUAUUGAAUUUGAUUAGGCGAACUUUCUAGCUAUGUUAUAAAACAUUUUUGGGGCUAGUUGAAAAUAAAUGAUGUUUGGGCUAGUAAAUGUUAGCUUCAGCUUGCCUGAAUGGCAAGCUGUAAAAAUGAAUUUCUUUGCACCCUGAGUACAGCCUGCUUCCAUUCGGCAAAUUUAACCUCUAAGAUAGUUUUUAUGAUGAGAUUGUGUGGGUAGCCUUUAGCAUGAAAGGUGAGUGAGUUAAAACUGAGAAGUUUGUUCUGGGACCUUUCUGAUCUUUUCUAGAGUCUCGCAUGAAAUUUCUCAAGGUCCAAAGUCUACUUCCCAAAUCUAGAAGUGUGCUGUGAUUGGUCUACUUUUUUAACCACUCGUUUCAGCUGACAUUCGUUGGGAAGGAUUGCGUGACAAGCCAAAAGAACAUCUGUAAGGGAGGCUAUAAUACAACCUACAAAGGGAUCGCUAUAAGAGUUGGCACAAUAAACCUGAGCCUUGCGGAAUCUUUCAGUCGUUCUCUCUACCUCCGGAGCUGACACUGCUACACAAAGGAAAUAAACCUUGACUACUUUGAAAUUUUGUUGCAGGUUAAAUGCAGGAUUGAAGCAGUCAAUUCAUGAGAGCAAUCAGAAGUCAGUGCUCUUUGCAGAAGCAAAGGCUGACAGACGGUUAAACCUGACAUUUCCUCCAGCUGGCAGCUCUCACCAGAUGGCUGCUACUGUCAAUCAUGAUAGACAGAGUUAUGCAUUUGGUGGUUGGUCUGAUAGCCCUGUAAGUAUUUUUGCUUUUUCCAAUAAUUAAUCCUUUAAGCCACAGUACUAAUUCCCUCCUAAUAAUAUCAAUACUUUAACAAGAGAAAAGGUUAUGAGAACUCAUGAAAUGAUCACCAAGGGGAAAAUGCUUUGAUCUUUUAACAAAUUUUCUCAACUACAUGUAUAUUAUUCUUAAGGAAAUUUGUGGAGAUUAGUCUGGAGAAUCUGAACAAAGUUUUAUACUGGAAGGCUCCACCUAGAGGUUCAACCACUUACCCUUUUAUAUACCAUUUUUGAAAGAAAUGGUACCUCUUUUCUAGGCUUCCAUUGAAAAAUGGUACAGUCAAAUCCCUUUAAUAUCGACACGUGAAUAGCAUAGAAAAAGCACAGCAUAGCCCUCACCCCCCCUUUGAUAAAUCCUGAGUAUUUAACUGUUGAAGUGAAUCACCCUAAUCAGUAGAAUAUUAAUUUCUUUUACAGUACUUAACAAUGUAGAAAAUGGAAUUAACCCUCAAACCUCUUAAGGAACAAACCCCUGUAAUAUUGCGUGGACUAAUUUGGCCUAAUGUUUGAUUGUAGUCAGCAGGAGUGGAGAAUCUUCGCAACAGUCAUGGUACAAGUAUGAAUCCAUUUGGAUACAGCAGACGCACCUUAGCAUUCCAACCCACAUCUCUUAAUUAUGUCGUGGAAUGGCCUGAAACAUGGCCUCUGAAGAUCAUGUAAGUUUUCAAUGUCAGUGCAAUAUAAUUUACUCUUACCAUAGUUAGGGUAAAUUCAAACACUAAGAAGUGCGAAGAGCCCAUUUUCAGAAAUUUGCUGAAGUUAAUGGUCCACCAGUGUGGUUGGUCAACAUCCAGUUUCAUUGUGGAAUGCAUGAUCAAGCAUGUUGUAGGAGUAAUAAAAGUGGUCACCCAGGGGAUAUUGACAUGAAUGACCUCCCAGUUAUAGCAUCACCGCGAUCAAAACUCUUCUCACAGAAUGGCUGAGUUGUCAAGCAGGCCUGACAAAUAGAAUGAAGAAUGUCAUCAACUACAGAAUGUACAGCCAAAUUCUACUGAUUGACAUCUAAUUUCUUCUCUGACCUAAUUUCCACAAGUGAGCUUGGUGGUCAAUCAAGGAUCUAUUUGUAAAACAGCCAACUGGUUUGUCUCCUACCAGUUGCGUUUUUUUAACCAUGUUAUGUUCUAUUUAAAUUAUUUGUUUCAUUAUGAUUUAUCCCUGAAAAUCCCCAUAAGGGGUGACGAUAAUUUUAUUAUUAUUAUUAUUAUUAUUAACCUUAUUGCAAUCCCAGAGGUCCACAAUUCCUUGGCACAAGCUUAAGUUUUGGCCAUUUCUUAACUUUUCACACCCCAACUUUUUUGUGUGUGCUCAUUUGAUGAGCAUGAUGAAGGAUUAUUUAUUUAGCACUAACCAAAACAUUCAUCUGGAGUAGCAUCAGCUGCGAAAGUAGUUGGCAUUAAUACUUAUUUCUGGACUAAUUUCCAAUGAUCAACAUAUAAUUUCUCCUAACAAAAUCAACACUUUGUCAAAACAGGCAGCUGAUGAGAUAAAAGAGUUCAGUAUGCAUUUACUUGUCUUUGUUAUUCCAGGAGUAUUGGAAGAGGGACUGGAAGAUUACACAAGAAGAAAACAAAGCCUAAGUAUGUGCUGAUGAGUUUUUACUAUGGCUGAAAAAAAUGUCAUCAUUUUGUAGCUGCAUUUUCAUGUUACCGGUAGUCGAGUUUUUGGUCUGUUGCCAAUGUGCAGAAUUUUGGUGGCAAACAAGGCUAGUGGUGUCGACGCAGACAUGUCCAGGUGUAAUUCCCCUUUUACAUGUAUGGCUUGUUUAAUUUUUAAAGCAUAAACCAGCCCAACUUGUAUUCCAGUUUUUUGGAACUGUCUCAUUUCUCAGGGUGUAAUAUGCUUAGGUGUGGUUGUGACAGAAAGUGAUAGAAUAUGGGUUAUAACAGGACCUUUAGUUACACCUGCACUGACACACAUCCGUAAAUUUAACACUCCGUUUCUCAUUGUAUGUGUUUUACUUACUGCAGGCCUCAACAUAUCCGUAAAGUGCAUUUUGAGAACUCUCCGGCACCUCGUUCAUCACCAGAGGGAGAGAAAAAUUACUACAGUAAAAUAUCUGCAGCUGCAGGCAUGGCAACACCUUCUCAAAACCAGUCCAUUCAGAUUUUACCGGAUAGGCAAACUCCUGUGACAAGCUUAUCAACUGAUAUGACCAUACCACAGUCAGCUGAUAUAAAAAAUAUCAAACAAGAAAAACAGGAUGAAUGGGUUCCCCAAAGAGAUGAAGGGGUUGUUGACAAUGUCACAGCUGAUAAUUUGCUUGAGGCUGGAGACAUAAACAACACUGAGUAUGCAAGAGUUUAUUCAGACACAAGUUCAUUGUCUGAAAGUGUUUAUGUUAGAGAGGAUAACAGCAAGGUGGGUAAUCUUUUCCCUGCACCUUUCUUAUUAUCAGAGGCAAAAUUAACCCAAAACAUUGUGUUAUAUACCGUAAUAAAUCCGACUUAGAGAAGUGGCUGGCAGGUCAAAGCAUUAGCUAUUCUAACUUCAAAAGCUAGAUGUACUAUUUUUACAUCAUACAAAUAGUAUCACAGGAAAGGACUUCUUUGUAGCUUUCAUCUGAAUGGUCACACUUUAGGAUUUCAUCCACAGACUCAAAAGUUAAAACCACCUUGUACAGCAUUAUAAACAGUACCACAGGAAAGAACUGCUCAGUAGCUUUCAUUUGAAUGGUCACACUUUAGGAUUUCAUCCACAGAUUCAAAAGUUAGAAUCACCUAGCUAACAGCGUAAUGCUGAACAUUACUUUAGGAAAGCACUGCUAAUAAAGGUCUUUGUGAUCUGUUAUCAAGUUUAUUAUUCAGAGAAUAAAAAAUUGUGAAAUUGUAUAAUGGAGACUGUAAAAAUAGCAUUAGAAAUUAAUGUAGAUAACCUUAAAAAAGACUUUAUUUUAUUUCUGUUUUCUCUCUGAUUUAAUGAACAGAAAACUGAAGUACCAGAUGAAACAGAGAACCAACAGGCUGAUAACACAAGGAAAAGUUCCAGUGUUCCCCCGUGUACGCCUACCCCUGAAGGUGUGGAAAAUGCACCCAACUGCGGGGAGAGUGAGGGUCAGGAUUUACAACAACCUGAAGAAGAAGGUGGUGAUGACGACUCCAAAAGUGUGUUGAUGGAGAUCGUGUCACAGAUAGCUGCAGAACCUGAGGCAGAUUAUAUGCAGGACAUCUGACAGCUUCAGCUACGUGACCUGAGGAAUGCAUGUUUGGAGUGCAUCCGCUGGCCUGAAACAAAGCAGGAACCUUGUUCAUGUAUGAGAAGUGCAUCAUUCACUGAUAAGUUUUGACUUGCUUGUUUGCAGAAGUCAAUUUUUCAAAAGUACUUUUGUUUUGGUAAUAUCCUAUUUCUCUGACUACUGACAGGUAAUCUAAAUGUGACAUUGUGAGACUCUUGUAUCCCCACUAAUCCUCAACUCACUCGUUUUGUCCUGUGUCCAACACUAAAUUAUUUUUUUAAUCCAACUGUCUCACUUUGAAACCAUAAGUUUAGCCAGGAAAUUCAGUGUGGGUAUCCACCUCAAAUCUUGAGCCAGUAAAAUGAGUAAUUCUUCAACCAAGUGUUUUUGUAAAAAAAAAUCUGGGCAUGCACAGGACACCGAGCUGACUGAAACCUUGAGGGGAACGUAAAAUACCAAAGAGUUGUAAUGCAGGCUAGGGGAAUGUUAGAUAAGACAAUGUCACAUGUUUAGAUUUGUUAUAUUACUUCUGGACACGCCUUUGGGGUCAGAUAAAAUAAAAUAGCUAAAAAGAUAAAGGUUUUCAUUCCUGUUUUAAAGUUUUUAUUUUCCAUAGAAAAUAUUUUAUAAAUAUCAUAUUUAUGAACAAAGAUGAAAAUUUUAAGCUGCUCCUUACCAACAUUCUCAUGUGGAAAAGACUGUUUAUAAAAAAACUGGAAUAUAGCAGUAUGUGUAUCAGUGAAAAAACAUAUAUAUUUGCUUUUCUCACAAAAUUUGUCAUAAGAAUGAAGUGCUUUCUAUUGCAGUUACACAGUGGAGUAUUUUGUAGCAGCGUAUCUGUCUGGAGUUUAAGACAAAAACUCAGAAAACAAAGACUGAUAUCUUCAUGCUUGAAAUGUCAGGAAAGAAAUCUUUGAGUUGUUGGUGUAUACCCCGAUUUACUUAUAGCUACAAAAACACAUGGUGUAACAUAAUUUGUUUUUCAUUGAUUUAGAACUAUUUUAUUUUUUUAUUCUGUGAUAAAUUGUGAUCUUUAGUUUGGAUGCAAGUGAAAGACUGAGUAUGAGUUAACGAACUAAGUUUGUGUCCAUUAGGUAAGUGUAUGUUCAGAAAAGGACAAAAAUUAUUAUUGUCCGUACAUGUUUACAUCCUUCAUAGAACAAUACUUUAAGAAACAUCUAUGUCACAAUCAUGCAGUAACGGCAAAGAAAUUUACAAGAAAGAGUGAUGCACAUAAGAGUUUUUGUGCGGCUUAUUAGGCAAAUACAAAAUAAGAUCGACCUAAGGGAGGAUUUGUAAGCCCACAAGACUGGGCAACCUCCACAAACCCUUGUUUUCACUAAACCCGCUGGACACAAAACCUCCCCUGGGUUGAUGUUACAUUGUCAUAACCGGCUAAUUAUACCUGUUGUUUUUUAUUUUUUUUGUUGUUGUUGCUGUUGCCUUAGUGACAUUUCAAACUUUCUAUUGGUAGUAACAGAAUGACACUUCUACUCAUGCUUCAAUCUAAAGAUCACUAAUGACAAAUAAGUUCAAAGUUGUUGUGGAGUCUUCAUUCAUGCUUUGUGAUUCAGGUUGCGUAGCAAAAAGCGAUUAAAUUAACAACAUGUUGAGGGGGUAAAUUUUCGAAUAAUAAUCUUUAUGUUUUGAGUGGCAAAAGUUAUACCUUCCAGUAGAACUGGAAAGAAUCUUUUGGACAAAAUAAUGUUCUAAUAAUAUUUCUGUUCAGUCAGUAUUAAUUAGCAACACGACAGAUGAAAAAUUCUGGGUGUAAAUUUUAAUGCAGUUUUAUUGAGAUUUACAUUGUGUUCUGUUCUCUAGCUUUUUGGUUAGCUUUGUCAUGGAAAUUUAAAAAAUAAUGUUCCAAGUAUCUUCUUUUGCUUUUGGUUUGAUUGCUUUUGAACGAAUCCUCAUUUUCUCAAGCUCUAUUUAUCCCCUCAACUGUUUUUGCCAUUUACAGGUGUUGUCAUGCAUUUUGGCGUUGCGUGACCACCAUAAUACAUCACCAUUUAGCAAGUACUUCAUGGUUGUGUACUACAUAAAAUCUCUUAAAAUGUGCCUUAACAGACAUUGUGGGAGACUUCAUGGUAUUUGAUACCUAGCUCUGGGUUUGAAUUUUGUUUGAGCUCAUGAACAUUUCGAAUAUUCAGAUUAAUUUUAUUAAGAAAGGAAAACUUUAUCAUAUUUGUAAAAAGCAUUCAAGUUAAAGUUUAUUAUUCCAGAUUAGGUCACAGAAUUGCGAUUAUGCCUUUAUUAUUGCUGUAAAGUUGUUGAAAUAAAGUUCAGAAG